AUGCCCCUUUCCCCGCAUUCGAUUUUCACCCUAACACGGUCUCAGGUAUCAGCUAUCAAAGAUCCCGAACACGGAGGGGAGGAGGAUGCCGCUGCUGACGACGAAUUAGAAAAGAAUCCAAAAUUGCUUCCACGUCCGAUUAGUAGUUUAAAGCAUCUGGGGUUACUUGGUUUUCAAGUUGGUGCUAUAGAACAGAUUGAUGCAACAUCUUUUCGUGUUUGGAGAAAAGCUAUAGUUUUGGGGAACUAUGAAUGCUUCUUAGACGUGAGGCUUACUAGAGAUAACAACAUAACAACUAGAAAGAUCUAUCAACUACAAUUUGUGUUGUAUCAGCUGCUGUUCCACCUAAUGAAGCAACAGAAACAAAAGGCUUUGAGUUUUCUCCUGAAGCAAGAGCACAAUGGGAAAGUGCAGAAAGAGUUUUACUCUAAACUUGUGAAGGGUGACAUCAAUGGGAAAGAUAAGGAAGUUUAUUCUAUAAAAUUGCCAGGAAAUCCGAAGCUUGGUGAAGGAAAACCUGAAAAUCAAAAUCAUGCGAUUGUUUUUACACGUAGAAAUGUUGUUCAAACAAUUGACAUGAAUCAAGAUAAUUAUUUUGAAGAAGCUUUAAAGAUGAGGAAUCUUCUAGAAGAAUUCCAUGAGAAUCAUGGUAUCCGUCUUGCUACCAUUCUUGGUGUCAGGGAACAUGUUUUUAAGGGAAGCAUCCUUCACGUCAAAUCAAGAAACGAGUUUUGUAACUCUUGGGCAACGUGUUCUUGCAAGUCCUCUAAAGGUCGUAUGCAUUAUGGUCAUCCCGAUGUGUUUGAUAGAGUCUUCCAUAUAACACGAGGUGGUAUCAGCAAAGCCUCUCGUGUCAUCAACAUUAGUGAAGAUAUUUACGCAGCUGGAGGAAAUGGAGAGCAGGUUCUUAGUAGAGAAAUAUACAGACUUGGUCAACUCUUUGACUUCUUCCGCAUGCUUUCAUUCUACUUUACUACUGUUGGAUUUUACUUGUGCACCAUGUUAACAGUGAUCACAAUGUACAUAUUUCUCUAUGGGAAAACAUAUCUGUGUUCAAUGGGAACUGUAGAUAAGGGAAACGAAAACUGUGAUGAUUCCCAAAACCCGAUAGAUAUAGAAAAAGGUGUAAAUUUGGAUAAAGAAUUGGCCAAUAUGAAUUCUGGAUUUUACACUUUUUGUGCGCACGGAACACUCUAUCAUAAUAUCGAUCAGUUAAUUUCAAGGGAUGGUAAAUCGAGGUAUUUACAGUUGUAUUUUUAUGACGGUGAAGCUGAAAUAUCACAGAGAUCCUCCUGGAAGAAUGUUGAUAGAAGAAUCAUCCAAAAACUAACACGUAUUCUAGCUUCGAAUCCGUACGUUAGAACAUUUAAACAGCUAUCUGAUCUAGGACCGCUUGAUAAUUAUAGAGUGACUUUGAAUGCAUCGGUGGAGCUUGACCAAAGGGUGUACAAUAAGCCUACCACAUCUGAGGUGUGA